UAUUAAUCCCCCGUGAUUCCCCGUUCAGUCGCGAAUAAAUUGAGAUUUAAUUUAAUUGAGAGUUAACGAUAGAAAAUUCCGUGAUUGAGAUUUCCACUCGGGGAGUUGAGAAAAUUCUCACUAUUCGGUGCUAUUCGGUUAUGGAAUCCCACUUGGUAGAUUCGAGACAAUUCGAGAAGAUAGUGAUUUAGUGGCUGUCGUGGUUGUGACGUCAACAUAACCUGAGUCGUCAGUAGUUAGUGACAAGCAUGAUCGUACGACUGGACUAGACGUGAGAAAAGUAACAAAUUAACUCUGGCUAAAUUGCGAAAGGCGAAUUGUUGAUUAAUUUGAUGGUACCAUCGGGGGGCAGUUGAAAUCAGGGGUGUCUGGGGAAAAUGAGGAGUGAGAGAGUCAUGAGAAAUCCGUGAAUAACAUCUUUGUGUUGUCCAUCGUGUUGUCAGUAAAUUCCAUAAAUUCACCUCGUAAGUCAACUGAAUUGACCUGUGGCAAGCACUCACGCUGCUUGAACGUACUCGCUUAUUAGUGUGUAGAGAAGUUGAUUUGUGGCACCGAAAAGAAAGUUGAGACAGUGUGGAGAUGCCUUGAUCUAGCGGUUGUUGCUUGAUAUAUUUGGCGAUAAAAUUGCUUGGGAUUAUACCUUUGGUUGAAGAUGGGACAAUACGGACUUGGGAUUUGAAAUGGCAAGUAACUCGAAAAAGCGUCGCCUGGACCCAGACCCGCGCGUGACCCCCGCGCCCCCGGACCCCGACAUGUUCGGCUGGGGCAGUACGGUGCACGGUGAGCUCGGCCUGGGGGGGAUCGAGGACGAGACGAUCCUGGUCCCCCGCGAGGUGGACUUCGCCGACUCGACCCAAGUGACGCAGAUCGCGUGCGGCGAGAACUACACAGUCCUGCUGACCACCGCAGGUCGGCUCUACUCCUGCGGCAACAACGACUACGGCCAGCUGGGUCACCCGAAGGCCCGCAAGCGUUUCCAGGAGAUCCCCUCGCCGGACGCCUUCACCUUCAGACAAGUCUCCUGCGGAGGCAGCCACACCCUGGCGCUGAACGAGUGGGGCCAGCUGUUCAGCUGGGGCAGCAACUCGGACGGCCAGUUGGGCCUGAACUCCCAGACUCCCCUGGAGGAGAGCCCUCGGAUGGUGAAGGGGCUGGGGGCGAGGGUGAUAGUCCAGAUGGCGUGUGGCCUGAAGCACGGCCUGGCCCUGACGAACAACGGCGAGCUGUACUCCUGGGGCAGCAACGCGGAGGGUCAGCUGGGCCUGGGGACCGACACGAAGUCCGAGCUCAAGCCUAAGCUGAUCACCUCGCUGGCGGCGAUUCCCAUCGCCUUCGUGGCCUGCGGUGGCCACCACUCGGUGGUGGUGUCCAAGUCGGGGGCGAUCUACGCCUGGGGGAGGAACACCUUCGGCCAACUGGGGGUCCCCCUCACCGGAAACGUCCACUACCCCUGCCAACUGAGAACUCUCCGAUCGACUAGAGUGAGAUACGUCUCCUGCGGGGAGGACUUCACAGCCUUCCUCACCAUCGACGGUGGGGUCUUCACCUGCGGCGCAGGGAUGUACGGCCAGCUGGGGCACGGUACCAACAGCAACGAGAUCCUCCCCCGCAAGAUAAUGGAGCUGAUGGGGAGUGUCGUCACCCAGAUAACCUGUGGCAAGCGCCACAUGCUGGCGCUGGUCCCCUCCAGGGGGCGCGUCUACGCCUGGGGCCUGGGGGGGGCCGGCCAGCUGGGGAUCAAGGGAACUGGCAGUGCCCCCCUACCCCAGGUGGUCCUCGGCCCCUGGGUCUCCCCCAACGGCAGCUCCAUCUACACCGUCGACGGCCCCAGGAGCGAGUACAGCGUCGACUGCGUUGUCAGGCACAUUUACUCGGGGGCCGACCACUGCUUCGCCACCGUCAGCAAGAGGGGGGACAACGUGCGCCCGGACGACUGCAGGUACUACGACAGCCUCUCCCAGAUCCUGGUGGUCACCGAGGAGCGCCUCCGCGAGUGCCAGAGAAUAGCCGUUGGCGAAAUUCUCGAUCACGACUUGAUGACUUAUUUGGAGACCGUAUUCAGGAGUCAGGCCUGCAUCAACGCGUCGUUUCUCCUCGAGGACGACGUGCACUACGGGUGCUCCAGCAAGCACUCGGGGGUCGAUGUCGACAAGGCGUCGAGGAUGUUUGGACUGAUAGCGGAGGUUCAGAGUGUCACUAUUCAGGAGCUCAUCUUCACGUCGAUUGUGGAGGGACUUAUUCCCUCGUUGGCGGCCUCCCCACCGGACGUGGAGACCCUGAGGGUCUACGUUGUGCUUCCCCUGUACCAUGGGUUCACUGAGGUCAGCAACUGGGUGAGCCUCCAGGUGCCAUUCGCCAGGGCACUGCUGGGGCUCAAGCCGGAGGCCAAGAAGGUCGUCGGGAUGUGGUGGGCCAAGGCCCCUCUUCAGGUCUUCCACAGGCUCAUCAGGUCGUACAAAGAGGUGAUUCUGUUCGUGCUGAAGCAGGCCAAGGGCGCGGAGAACAACUUCAUCUGUAAGGAUCCCUCGUUGAAGCAGUGUCUGGAUAUUCUGCAGUUCAUCCACGAGCUGAGCAGGACUCAGCCCGAGGGGCUGAGGGUUCCUUACGACGUCUUCUACAUGCCUGAACUCUCGGAGAUUAUCGACAUUCAGGCGGACUUUCUCAAGUUCUAUAUGGGUGUCGAUCCGUUCUCCACUGGUGUUCCCUUCUGCAAUUAUCCUUUCUUGUUCGAUGCCCAAGCGAAGACGAUUCUCCUGGAGAGUGAUCAGGCGAUACAGAUGCACUCGGCGAUGAACGAGGCUGCCAACAGGGGCAUCAGGAACAUCUUCUUCGCUGGGAACGUUGCAGCCAGCGUUCAGCAGUUUCUCAUGCUCAAUGUCUCCAGGGAGAAUAUUGUCGCGGAUACCCUCAGGGAGCUGUCGGCCCACGACUCCAGUGAUCUCAAGAAACCGCUGAGGGUCAAGUUUUGUGGGGAGGAGGCCGAGGACGCUGGUGGGGUCAAGAAGGAGUUCUUCAUGCUUCUGCUGAAGGAGAUCCUCGAUCCCAAGUAUGGCAUGUUCAAGCAGUUCGAGGAGACCAGGACCAUCUGGUUCAGCGAGGACUCCUUCGAGGGCGAGCAGAUGUACUUCUUAAUUGGCAUUCUCUGUGGCCUCGUUAUCUACAAUUUUAUUAUCAUUGAUCUGCCCUUUCCACUGGCUCUUUACAAGAAACUACUCGGGGAGAGGGUCACUCUGGCUGAUCUCAAGGAUCUGUCGCCGGUUCUCGCCAAGAGUUUGCAAAGUGUCUUGGAUUACGGUGAGCAGGACCUUGAGGAGGUAUUUUGCCUCAACUUUGAGGUGACGAGAGAAGUUUUUGGGGAGCAGAGGGUUUAUGAACUUGUGCCGGGGGGGAGCAAGAUGCCGGUGACUUUGGAGAGGAAGAAGGAGUUUGUUGAUCUUUAUGUGGAUUAUAUUUUUAAUAAGUCGGUGGAGUCGCAGUUCGGGGCGUUCUACAAGGGGUUUCAUAAGGUGUGUGGGGGGCAUGUGCUCAAGUUGUUUUAUAGUCAUGAGCUGAUGGCUGUGGUGGUGGGGAAUGAGAACUAUGACUGGAAGGAGCUGGAGGAGAAUGCCGCGUAUAAGGAGGGCUAUUCCAAGGACGAUCCUACGAUCGUCAUGUUCUGGAGGAUUUUUCACGAACUUCCACUGGAGGAGAAGAAGAAGUUCCUGCUGUUCCUCACGGGGAGCGACAGGAUACCCAUUCAGGGGAUGAAGGCUAUCAAGAUUACUAUUCAGCCAAUGUCUGAUGAUAAAUAUCUACCAGUUGCCCACACAUGUUUUAAUCUUCUUGACUUGCCACGAUACCAAACAAGGGAGAGACUCAGGUACAAACUGCUUCAAGCCAUUCAACAAACCCAGGGAUUCUCGCUGGUCUGAUGACCGCGCAUCAUCAUUCUCAAGAUAUUUUGUAACAAAUCGAUCGCCAGACGGGCGACGCCAAUUGGUGAUGUAUGUCAAAAUCAAGAUAAUUUUUUAUUACGAAUAAACAACGUGUACAUAAUUUUUGUUAGGCUGGCCUAACAUUAAUUAUUGGGUUAAGAUGUGGGUGUUUAUAAUAGAAUGGAUUCGAAAGUCA